AUGGAUGCGAAGGAAAAUAUUGCUAACGAUAACAAUGAUGUACUGGACGAAGAACCAGCUAUUCAGUUAAUUGCUCCAGGAAUAGCGAGAAACCUAACACAGGAAGUCAUUACCGGUAUCUUUUGUAAUGUGGUUUUUUAUCCACUACUUUUACUAUACUUCGUUCUCACUUUCCGUUACGUGACAUCGAAGAUAGUACCUUAUGAAUUUAUAGAUGAGAAAUUUCACAUUGGUCAAACGUUGACUUAUCUAAAAGGUAAUUGGGCUCAAUGGGACCCUAAGAUAACCACACCUCCUGGUCUGUACAUUUUAGGCUUCAUAAACCAUCACUGCAUAAAACCAAUUUUCCAAUCAUGGAGCUCGUUAACCAUAUUACGAUUAGUUAAUUUAUUUGGUGGGGCGAUAGUUUUCCCCAUCGUAGUACUCAGACCAAUAUUUCUUUUCAACGCAUUAGGGUUCUGGCCCGUUUCUUUGAUGUGUUUCCCACUAAUGACAACGUAUUAUUACUUGUAUUACACUGAUGUUUGGUCUACAAUUUUAAUACUACAAUCUCUUAACUGUGUGUUGACGUUACCUUUUGGACCUGUAAAAAGCAUAUGGCUGAGUGCUUUUUUUGCUGGCAUAAGUUGUCUCUUCAGACAAACAAAUAUAAUAUGGACGGGCUUCAUAAUGGUCCUUGCUGUGGAGCGUCCCGCUAUUUUACAAAAACAAUUCAAUACACACACUUUUAAUAACUACUUAAAGUUAUUUAUUCAUGGAAUUGACGAUUUCUCACACCUAGUGCUACCUUACAUGAUAAAUUUUGUCCUGUUCAUCAUUUAUCUGGUUUGGAACAGAUCGAUUACAUUAGGUGAUAAAUCUAGUCAUUCAGCUGGUUUACACUUGGUGCAAUUAUUUUAUUGCUUCACAUUUAUCACCGUUUUCAGUUUACCCAUAUGGAUCUCUCGUAAUUUUAUGAAGCUAUACAAGAUAAGAAUAAAAGGGAAGCCAAUUAAAACAUUUUUUGAGUGUAUUUGCAUCAUGCUAAUUAUUAGAUACUUCACAAAGGUUCACCCAUUUUUAUUAGCAGAUAAUAGACACUACACAUUCUAUCUUUUCAGAAGGCUGAUUGGCAGUAAAAGUAGAUUAAUCAAGUAUUUUUUAAUGACACCAAUCUACCAUUUUUCUACUUUUGCAUACCUUGAAAUAAUGAGACCUAACCAGCUCACCUUCCACCCGAUCACCCCACUUCCCAUCAAGGAAGCGAUACAUUUGCCCAUACAAUUGACACAUGUGUCAUGGACCGCUUUGAUAUUAUGUACCAUGGUCACUAUUAUUCCAUCUCCCUUAUUCGAACCUCGUUAUUAUAUCUUACCAUAUUUCUUUUGGAGAAUAUUUAUUACAUGCAGCUGUGAACCGUUAAUAAAAGACUUGCAACCCGCCAAAGAAAAUGAGAUUCCAAUUACUGUAAGUAGUACGAAGAGAUUGUUUAUGGAACUUUUAUGGUUUAUGCUAUUCAACAUUGCGACUUUAGUUAUAUUUUCCAAGUUUUCAUUCCCUUGGGCUACAGAACCCUACCUUCAAAGAAUCAUAUGGUAA